AUGCUCAGCCCUGCCCAAUAUCAUACCGCGAUAGAGGAUAUCCUUGGAUACCAGCCUCCUGAGGUGCUGAAUAGGCCGAUAUGGGAAUUCUUCCACGCCGACGAGCUCUCGCAGGCGCGCACAAUUUAUUCGCGUUCCGUCCGACACGACAAGGCCGCGGGGCUGAACUAUUUCCGCAUCAGACAUAAGAAUGGCUACUGGGUUGCAUGCGAGUGCGUUUUUACCGUUGUCUGCGACGUACUCAUCGCCAGCACCAGUAUCUACCAUCGGGGGAAGAGGAGCCAGAUGCGUGCCGCCGAUGCUCCCGUCGUGCGCCGGCUGUUUGCAUCCUCUUCUCGCGACCCGCGCUACCAUAUGCUAAGUUGCAUGUCUACGAAAUUUAAGCCGUCACCAUCACCAACCAGUGGCUCUCCGAAUGGCUCACACGAACCGCGGGCGGCGCUCUUCCUCAACCGCUUCACUCGCUCUGCAGCCGUCAUAUAUGCCACCCCUAGCGUCGCGAACGUACUAGGCGUAUCGGCCGCGUCUCUUAUCUCGACGAGCUUCUACUACUGUAUCGAGGAAUGCUGCCUCCCACAGGCCGUACAGUGUCUAGAGAGUGCAAAGGCAAAUGAUUCAAUUGCUUAUUUACGUUUUUGGUUCCGCAACCCAACCGACCAGCGAAACACGAACCCAUAUCCAGAACGACGCAGACGAUAUACCAACCUAGACACGAACAACAACGACUAUUACCCCUCUCCAUCUCCAUCGCCAUCAGCUUGCGGGCCAGGGUGGGGGUCUGGCCCAGAAUCAUCUUCCUUUGAUAGCGCAUCGCCUGCAUUACCGGGUCUACAGCAACGGCCUUCAACGUCGUGCUCGAAUUCGCUUCCUCCGCCCAUCGAGCUUGAAGCAAUCGUCUCCUGCUCCUCUGACGGGCUGGUAGUUAUCGUACGACGCGCAAGACCACCCAUACCAGGCUCCGUGAAACAUCCUAGCCACCCGAUCUACGGCCGGGGUAUGUAUUUCCCCCCUUCACUACUGCCGAAUCCCAGCGAGAAGUCGAUCUAUGCCGCCAUCGGCUCUUCCGGCGGAUCAGACGCUGACGCCGAUGCUGACGGUAUGGGUGAGCGUCAUGGAAGUGGUAGUGGUAGUGGUAAGGGAUUAGCGCCAGGCGGUCCUGAGCCCGAGGUCCUGAUGAACACGAUCCGCGACGCGAUGCACACAUAA